UCGCUGUCUUUUUUAGGAGAGAAGCCGUUUGAAUGUAAUGAAUGUGGCAGGCGCUUUGCACGCUCCACCGACCUCAAAGUCCAUAUGCCAGUACACAGCGAGGAUAAACCGUACAAGUGUGGAGAAUGUGAAAAAAUGUUCACGCGCUUUAGCACGCUUAAGGAGCAUAUAAGAACUCACACAGGUAACAGACUGCAAAGAGUCUCUUAUUUUUCUUUAAUUUUCGCGUAAGGGGCGUUCGGCGAUGCCGCGAGUAACUAGGGCGUGAGCCCCAGCGGAAAAAAAAAAUUUCUCCUCCUUUUUAUCGUUAAUUUGCAUAAUUUCACUUUUUUGCGCGCCGCGCGUGGCUUUGAGGAAAAAAGGACAGAGGUAAUUAAAAUAUAUAUUUGUUCUAUGAAACGAGGUUGUCUUGAUUCAGUAGCUAAUUGCUUGAAAUCACUUUGGAUCUUACAGGAGAACGACCUUUUAAAUGCGAAGAAUGUGGCCGUGAGUUCAACCACAGGAGCCACUUCAACAAUCAUCUGCGGAUCCAUACUGGCGAGAAACCCUUCAAAUGUGAGAUCUGUGAGAAGGACUUUUCUCGCAAGGCCUCUCUGCGGUAUCACAUGAAGGUACACAACAAGGGCGAGGGACGUGCAAGGAUCCGCAACAGUAAGAAGGGCCCAGAGGACCAAUCGGAUACCGAGAUUAUUGAUGAACAAGCUCAAGGAAGCACGUCUGUGGACCAGGUAUUGCCUAGACAAAAAUAUUACAAAGAAAUUUAUAAAUAAGGAGGUGUGUUGCAAAUGUACCUAUAGCUUGCUUUUAAACUUCCUGUCGAAUUUUACAAGUGGGGUUCGCACAAGUCACAAUUAUAGCGUUUUAAACAAGUUGUUGUGCUGCGUUGGAGAGAUAGUAAGACCAAAUUUUGAUUCCAACCGAUAUUAUGAAGUAAAUUGACCACCGCAACUUACUUCACAAUCCAACGCUUCAAGCGUUAGCUCUUCCUUAUAGCGAAUCGACGGCUACUUUCUAGAAUCCCAGAACAGAGCAUACUCUGUGUACCAGAGACUUUUCAUGAGCGUCGAAGACGUGUCGGCCUGAGGUCGACCCCGAGACAUUUCCGCCGCACUCUGGCGUCGCACACGAGAACCCUGGUAGCCAGGGUACGAGACAGUUGAUUCUGAGGAGCUUAGCGGAUUGUAAUGGAGUGUCCUUUCUUCUUCUUUUCAGACUUUGUCAGAGCAGACAAUCUCCACAGUGAAUAUAAGUCACUUGGGAAGUGAAGCUGACGUGCAGUUAGCCGAGGCACUGGUGGCUGUCAGUGAAGCUGUAGUAGCUGCUGCAGCUGAAGUGGAUGAUACUCCCCGUGUGGUGGCUGUAGAAGAGACAACACACAGUGAUGAUGCUGUUAUACAACAGGUUUGUUCUGUAACAAUCCCUGUUAGGCCUACAGUAGUUUGCGCCUAGGAUGCGAGUAUAAACGUAAGCUGCAUACAGGUAAAAGAGAAACAAAGUUUUUUCCAGAGUGUCACUUUUCAAGAUUUCCUUGUUUCAAAAAUUAUGUAUACGUAAAAGUAUCAUGAGAUUCAGGACGUCAGAUGUGGCACGCAGUUUCAUUUUCGUUUAUAUACACGGAAUGUUUCUUUAAUAUCCCUCUUAGGCAGGAGAGGUGAGAUAGUAUGUUAACACCGUUAAAAUCUGGAAUUUAUCCAGUUUCCUGUGAAAAAAGCAACACGUAUUGAUAUCAAACAACAACAAAAACAACUUUAUUUCACAUGAAAAAGUUUACAAGUAAUAAAUUGAAGUGAACUUAAAAGGGAAAGGGAAAUAUUUCACGGCACAACCCGCAGUUAGCCUAAGCUAAUCGAGGCGGGAGGUGAAGUGGACUACAAGGGGAAAAAAUUACAAAGAGAACAAAAUUUGAUACCCUGCACGGCCUAAUUACCUGCUAAGAAUAGUUAAACUUAUUAAAUACGUUUCAUCUAUUUUGAAGAGCCUGGGUAUUAUCUUGAACUUUGUUAGCUGCACAAACUCCAGGAUUUUGCGUGCUUUUCCCAUCUAUUUUUAGUUUCGGUUCGGUUAUGUCCACUGUUCAACUCCACUUUUAUGGAUAAACUGUUUUGCUCUAUGUUUUCUUUACAGCACCUACCAGACGCCCAUACGGUCAGGGCCUCCAUGCUGGUAGACCCCGUGACACAAGCUGCAGUCAGUGCAGGGAUCUCAGCCAGUGAUGUGGGUGAGACAGUCGUAAGUACCACCAUGUCACAGGUGGUGGAUAUACCCAGCUCUGGUGCCGAGGUUUCUGUUGGAGACACUAUCAACAUCCCACACGGUCAAGUUCAGAUCAUGGAAGUAGCAGAUGGGACUGCUGGUGGCGAUGUACAGGUGUCCAUAAGCGAGGCCAUGCAGACAGGCCACGUGACAGUAGAGGCAUCUGACACGCUUGGGAUCACCGUGCCGGCGGAGAUCUUAGCCGCUAUGGCAGCUGCGCAGGCACAUCCCCAUCUCUUAAUAGCCACUGCUGACCAACAGCUCAUGCAGGCUCAAGUCAAUGUUGCCACUGAUCAGCAAGUAUUGGAGGCUCAAGCAGCUAAUAGCACCAUCCAGGCCACAGAAGGUGCUAGUCAGACAUCGGAAGCUGUCACCCAACCAGGUGGUGAAGUGGAGGCCAGUGUUCCUGCAGAGCAGCUGGAACAACCCAUGGAAACUGAUUAG